UUGCAUUUUUAAAGUGUCAGUUCGAGCUGGCUGAUGCUCGAAGAACGGGUGGCGGUUCAGCUGUCGCUGGCCUGCCCGUCAAAAACUUGGAGCUACCUAUUCGAAAGGGAUACAGAAACUAAAUCUGUAAAUAUUCUCGAAGCUGGUUCUGUGGAGAAGGAUCCUGAUCAAUGCUAUGUACAGCAGGCCCACAAUCAAAGCAGAAGACAUCGUCCCUUCAACGGCUAUCGUUGAAAGGGCUUCUGCGAAAGGAGCGCUCUCUGGAUGCUUAUGCAGAGAAGGGUUUAGGAUCGAUAUUAAGAAUCUAUGACCGAUGUUGAUUAUCUGCGCACACCAGCAGGAAUGAGAUAGGCAAAAUGAUGAGCAGCUUUUCAAGUGUAUGCAAGUGAAAAUGAUGCUGCGGCCUCUGGAAAGCCGGUCGUGAUCAUACUAAGUAUAACGUCUUGCACUGUACCUGGUUCACCAGAGUUCCUUCCAACAUGACAUCACAGCUGCCCCCUGUGAGGGCAGCUAAGCGGCUGGGAGGCAUGGCCGACAUCCUGGCAACAGCCUCCAGUUUGGGUCUGGAGCCUCAAGUCGAGGGCAAGGAAGAGGGUCAGCCCAACGAGUGCCAAUUCAGCCAGCCCUUCAUACGCCUUCUGAAGGAGAUAUCAGACAUACAGAGGACGCUUGUGAAGUUGGAUGUGGAGGUCAAAACGCGCCAGCUAGAAGCAGAGACAGCGCAUCUGACCCACUUGUCAGAGCUCCAAAUGAAAGCAGAUGCCCUGAAAGAGGCCACAGAUGCUCUGCAAAGCAUUAUCCAGAACAAGGACCGCCUUGUUGCCAAGCUCCAGCAGCCCUACUCAGUGGACAGCGUCCCAGUGGAGACUGCCUUCCAGGCUGACUUUCAAGCACUGCUCCAGCAAGCUGCCUCGGACUGCGCAGCCCUGCAAAGCGCAGCUGAGGACGUCCGAUGGAUGCAGGCCUUUAAUGCGGAGCCUGACACGUGGCAGGAGCACCUGCGGAGCGUACCCGCUGCAUUGGCCUCCUGUACGAGAUACUCGGAAGCGCUGUCGUCAAUGAGAGAAGCGAUAAACAAUGUUCAUCAAGCUCACACCAGACGGGCUGAGAGAAGACCAGGAUGACCAAGACGGUCAUUCUGCGCAGUGCCUACGCAUGUGAGGCUCUUCUUCCAACAGUGAUUGUAUCCAUAUAAACAGAACAUCUACCGCGUGCCGGAGAAGCCUGUGGCCCAAGUGGCUAGCGUUUUGAAGAGAGAAGAGAUCUGGAUUGUUAAGUCCGCC